UGGAGUUGGGAGGAGUCGAAAGGGCAUCAACAGGGAAGUGGGGAAACGAGACAGAGAGAGAAAAAGCAAGAACGGAUGAAUGUAUCGGAGGAUAGACAAGUCCGGUUUCCCCCAUGUCAUAAGCAAUGCUGAUUACACUGUGCUACGUCUAUUUGUGGGUGCGAUUCCAGAGGUGUUACACGCUAGUUAUCCGAAGCACCGUGCACAGACUGCACAGGAGCAGCAGCUUCACUUUCUGCAGCGCCCUGAAACCCGCGCAGCUGCAGAGAUUAAAGCAGCGCCAGGGGCACAGUUUCAGUAAGCAGGUAACUCGCCCUGCAGACCUCCAGGAGACAGCGUGCAUCCAGCUGGGCAGCAAGGUGUUUUACAUUACAGACGCGCAGCCCUGUGAAGACCUGAGCAAGUGGACCCUGCUCCGGGGAACAGCUUUGAUUUAUUUGGACUCUGCUCCUCGACGAGAGCAUGUUGCGUUUGUACUGGAAGCUGCAUCAGGGCAGGAACAGGGAGCCUCUUUACACAAGCUGCCAACUUCAUCCAAAAAGAUUCUAAAGUGGUCAGACUACUGUUUGCCUCUCGCCUGCAUCUCUGGCGACCCAUUCAAGUUAAUUGCAGAUGCCAGUGUGGAUAACUUCACCAGGCUUGGGGUAGCUUUUAUGGAGGACAGGUUACAAAUGGACAAUGGGAUGGUACCAGAAAAAAUAGUUUCUGUGUUACUUGAGGAAUCUGCACUAAAGAAACUGGUUGAAAAUACCAAGAUGGAUGAAGUGAAAAGCCCUGUAUCUGGUACACAGACUGAACAGACUGAGGCAGAGAUGCCAAAGCUUAAGGAGACGGUAUCUGAUAACGAGUCGGGGGACAAUCUCCAGGAUGGACCACAGCUUGCAAAAACUGUGCAAAGACUGCAGAAGGACCAAAGCUCAGGUAGGGCUCAGGAAGAGAAUACCAACCAGGCACAGAGCAAGGACCAGAAGGAGAAUCAGGCCUAUCUGGGAGGGGAUCAUCACAGAGACGGACACCACCUCCACCUUUCCAGCUGCCAUGAGUGUCUGGAUCUGGAAAACAGCACCAUUGAGUCUGUGAAAUUCGCCUCUGCAGAGAACAUUCACGAUCUGCCUGAUGACUACAGCGGGUUUGGCAACCGCAGUGAGGAUGAGAGCUGCACUGGCCAGUCCAGGCGGGUCAAUGUUAGCGGAAAGCCACCCAAUGUGCUGGUCUACACUGGCUCUGAUCCCAGUCGGUUCCAGGCCAGAUACCAGCAGGUGAAGACCAUCCUGGCUGAGUGCAUAGACAUGGACAGCUAUAUCGUCUACCACUUGCUGGAAGAGCAGGUUUUGAAGGACCCCUGGGCAGAGAACUCCUUGCUGCUGGUUUGUGCCUCGGAGGAGCUAGUUCCUGAGAAGUUUCACAAACUGUUCCUGAACUACCUUUCCAAGGGGGGCAAGAUACUUGGGCUGGCUUCCUUCUUCUGCUUCAGCGGGGUCAGCGUAGCUCCCAAGGAAGCCUUGAAAAACAAAAUCCACAAGCUGUGCUUCACUAAAGCUGACAACACUGACAUCGAGCUGGACGUGCUGACCAGCGGGAGGGUCUAUGAGAAUGCCGCAGCCAGCAGGGACAGUGGUGUGGAGUUCUGGGGACACCUGGGGAACAAAGACAAAGAUAUGGUGAUAGUCCGUCUGCCCUAUGGGGAUAAUGGAGGGGAAGCCAUUUUGAGCCAGGUGCUCCUGGACACUCCCCCAGACUCCCAGGAGAUCCAGGACCCCGAGGAUUUCAACAUGCUGAAGGUCAGCAACGCCCGGCGCUACGAGGUCCUCACAGAGAUCCUCGGCGCUCUCGGGCUGAGCUGUGAGCUGAGCGUCGUGCCCCCUCCCAGCCCUCUCUACCUCCUCGCCACCACAGAGUCAACCAGGCUUUCCUUCCUGGAAUGGCUGUCGACCGCAGUGGACACAGAGGGGAUCUUGAGGUCCAGCAAGGUCUCUCUGAAAGUGGUUUCAGCUCUGCAGCCUGGGGUGGAGUUGAUGGAGGGCAUCAUUCCUCUGGUCACACAGCCUUCGGGGUUCUCCUCUGAGCAGUUGGACCUCCAGACGUACUCCCGGAGCCUGCGGUCCAGGAGCCUGGGGCAGAUCGUCCUCUUUGCGGAAGUGACGCCCACGACCAUGGAUCUGCUGGACGGGCUGAUGCUUCGGUUGCCACAGGAAAUGGGGUUAAUAGCUAUAGCAGGCCGGCAGACACAAGGCAAAGGCCGAGGUGGGAAUGCAUGGCUCAGUCCUCUGGGAUGUGCCAUGUUCACACUGCAUGUGCGGGUCCCAGUGCAGUCCCCACUGGGGCAGAGAAUUCCUUUCCUUCAGCAUUUGGUGGCUCUGGCAGUGGUGGAGGCAGUCCGGACCCUGCCUGGGUAUCAGGAUAUCGACCUUCGAGUGAAGUGGCCAAAUGAUAUUUACUACAGCGCCCUGAUGAAACUGGGGGGUGUUCUGGUCACCACGACGCUGAUGGGCGACACAUUUCAUGCGCUUGUUGGCUGCGGCUUCAAUGUGAGUAACAGCAACCCCACAGUUUGCAUCAAUGACCUGAUAGUGCAGUACAACAAGGAGAAUGGGAGCGCUCUGAAAGCCCUGAGCACAACCCAGCUGAUUGGCUGCAGUGUCACUGUGCUGGAGAGUCUGAUCGAUGCCUUCCAGGAGAAGGGAGUCGCCGGGGUUCUGCCCCUCUACUACAAGAGAUGGGUGCACAGUGGUACCCAGGUGCGUCUGUGGAGCGAGCAGGGCCCGCAGGCGUGCGUCGUGGGUCUGGACGACUGCGGCUUCCUGCAGGUUGAGUCUGAGGAGCAGGGCGUUGUCUCUGUGCAGCCUGAUGGGAACUCUUUCGACAUGCUGAGAAACCUCAUCGUCACCAAGCAGCGAUAAGGAACAGCGCCGCCUGUCUCAGCACGGGGAGGGAGGGGGGGGGUCACUUUACACUACAGAUAAUAUUAAUUUGAUUAUAACAAGGUGAUUGUUCUGCCCCUGUGUUACAUGAUGUUAAAUAUAUUUCUACAUAGGAUUUGACACAGGGGUAAUAUACGAAGGUAAUAUUUGUAGCAUGCAAAUGUUCAUUUUUUGUGGUUGUUUUUCACACCAAAAAAGCAGGACCAGAAUGAACAUGAGGCUUGCUUUUACUUAACGCAUGUUUUGUUGAUUACAAAUUUUUGCUGUUUUGCAACAACUGAUCCUUGCAGAUGUUUCAGGUUAGACUGUAAUGAUGUUUUAAUUUCAUUCGGAGAUGUGCAGGGUAGUUUUCUGAGUGUGAGUGUUAAAUUAGCAAUAGAAAAUACUAAAUACAGCACAACUGCAGCACUUUCAUUGAAUGCCUUAAGCCAGUUUAAAUAAUGAAUACAGUCUUUGUCCAGGUAUUUUAGACUUCCUUUUAAAACUCAAAGUUUACUGAAGGUUUUGGGGAUAGACUGUUAUUACAAUUCCAUAUCAUAAUUGACUGUUUAUAUGCGUUUGAUUAAUCGAUUUAAAAGACAAUUUCAAGAUUGAAACCCAUGGUUUAUACAUUGCUUAGGCAUUGUAUACAUAUACGAUUGUAAUCAAUGUUAAAAUAUAAAACAUAAACCACUUGUCACAGUAAAAUUGCAUCUUGCAUUGCCACAUUCCAUCUCCUUUGUUCAAAACAUUGUUGUAGUUAUCUUAACUUUUUCAAAUUAAACAGUUCUGUAUUUCA